GUUCAGUCGGUCGGCCUGCAAAAAUGGCGGCGACUAUGCUGAGGUCGCUUGCUCAACUCGGACGUCCUUCAGCAGCAAUUUUAAACAAAAAUGUUCUGACUCCUGGAUGCGCUUUGCUUCAAAGCAGGCACAAGCAAUGGCAGCCCGAUGUUGAGUGGACAGAGCAGUAUGCAGGAGCGGUCAUGUACCCGACUGCUGUCACCAAGAACUGGAACCCACCACCAUGGAAUGACAAAGACCCCCCUGCAGAAAAGGAGGUUUCUAAUCUAACUAUAAACUUCGGGCCCCAGCACCCUGCUGCCCAUGGUGUGCUGCGUCUGGUGAUGGAGCUGAGUGGUGAGUCAGUGAAGAAAUGUGACCCUCACAUUGGCCUGCUGCACCGCGGCACAGAGAAACUCAUUGAGUACAAGACCUACCUGCAGUCCCUUCCAUACUUUGACAGGCUGGACUAUGUGUCCAUGAUGUGUAAUGAGCAGGCCUACUCUUUAGCAGUGGAGAAGCUGCUAAACAUCCAAGCUCCACCUCGAGCCCAGUGGAUCAGAGUACUUUAUGGUGAGAUGACUCGUAUUUUAAACCACAUCAUGGGCAUCACCACACACGCUCUGGACAUUGGUGCUAUGACACCCUUCUUCUGGAUGUUUGAGGAGAGAGAAAAGAUGUUUGAGUUUUAUGAAAGAGUGUCUGGGGCCAGGAUGCAUGCUGCUUAUGUCAGACCCGGAGGUGUCCAUCAGGACAUGCCCCUGGGACUUAUGGACGAUAUUUACGAGUGGUGUAAGAACUUUUCUAUCCGCGUCGAUGAGGUGGAGGAGAUGCUGACCAACAAUCGCAUUUGGAAAAACAGAACUGUUGAUAUUGGAGUUAUUGGAGCAGAAGAUGCACUUAACUAUGGCUUCAGUGGGGUGAUGUUGAGGGGUUCUGGUAUUAAGUGGGACUUGAGGAAAUCUCAGCCUUAUGACAAGUAUGAUGAGGUGGACUUUGAUGUACCUGUCGGAAGUAAUGGUGAUUGCUAUGAUAGGUACUUAUGUCGAAUAGAGGAGAUGAGGCAGUCUUUAAGAAUCAUGCACCAGUGUCUCAACAAGAUGCCUGAAGGAGAGAUUAAGGUGGAUGAUGCCAAAAUCGCACCGCCCAAAAGAUCUGAGAUGAAGAUGUCUAUGGAAUCCCUGAUCCAUCAUUUCAAGCUCUACACAGAGGGUUACCAAGUUCCCCCAGGAGCUACCUACACAGCUGUAGAAGCACCUAAGGGUGAGUUUGGUGUGUAUUUGGUCUCGGAUGGUAGCAGCAGACCCUACCGCUGCAAGAUCAAAGCUCCUGGUUUUGCUCACUUGGCUGGAUUGGAUAAAAUGUCAAAAGGACACAUGCUUGCUGAUGUGGUGGCCAUCAUUGGCACUCAGGAUAUUGUAUUUGGAGAGGUGGAUCGUUGAAGAAAUGCAGCACUUGGCACCUGUUCAUUUCACCUGUUUAGUACAUCUGUUUGGUUGAAAUUCAUGCAUUCAUUGAAUUUCUCCAUGUAUAAAAGCUUAUUAAAUGUAGUAAAUAUUUAAAAUCUCAA